GAUCGUCCCUACCUGUCUUUAGGUUCAAGAUCAGAUUAUGGAUCAAACUCUGGAAAUUCUUUUCCUGGUGGGAACAACGACGAGUGCUGUAGUCAAAGAGGACACUCGAACACUAGCUUUCCUCCUGAUGGUCUAGGAAUUAGGUGGACAAACAACCGAAAGAUGUAGUGCAAGAUAGGAGACCAAUAAAAGAUCAGUAUCCAAGUCCCCAGUGUUUCAACACUAGGGUGGUUCCACAAGUGCCAAAAAGUUUUCCAAUCAAGUGUAAUUAAUCGAUUGCGCUUGAUAGGUGAUAGGUGAUCAUCAUGUUCACCAAUCAAUCCAGUCAAGAGUGCCAAUCGCGCUUCUUCAAGCAGUGGCAUCCAGAUUACAUUGGUUCCUACAACAGCCUGCGGGACCGACAUCUCAAGCAUUUUUUCCAACAUCCGGCUCGCAGAACUCACCUCAAUAAGAACAACCAGGUCACGUCCCAUGGGAAGAUCAUCAAUGAAAGGGAGUGGCGCAAACAAAAUAUCGCUUGGGAAAGAUGUCGUCGAGAGGCCGAAGAACAAGGAGAACUACUUCAAAUGAGGCCAGUUGACUCGAGAAGAGCCAAAAUGGAACUGAGGCAACAACAAAAAGAUGACGAUGCUCGCGAGAAGAAACGAGAAGAAACGGACGAGACACGGGACAAGGCUCAAGAAGUGAAAGACGCUUGGGUGGAUCAGAAUACACUGUUGGCUAAGAUCUCUGAUACCAACAGGUCAGAUGUGGAGCAUCUAAUUAAUUUCUUGAAUUUUGAGAUUGAGUACAUACUUAGACCGCAAUCAGCGCCCAUAAGAUAUCGCGGAUCUCCUCGUCUUCACACCCACCAACGGGCCCAUAGUGCCAAAAGAUUGAAUUUGACCUCAAGAUACGGAUAUCCAAAGGUGACAAAUCAAAGAUCGAAAAGUGCAGAUCGGCCCCCUGAACAACAAAGUCAUCAACCGAUUCGGAACAUUGAAAUUCCCGAGACCCAAUUCGUAUCGAGCAAAGAUCCGUCGAAGAAGAGCAGACCAUUUACAGCCCCACCUAGGUCGCGACCUAAAAGUAAUCGUCGGUCACGACUUCGAUCUCAAUCCCAUCCAAAUUACAAAGAGGAUGAGUAUCUCAAAACCAAAGUGGUCCUUCAGUACGUGGGACUUUCGGACCCCAGUGAUAUCGGGAACAACUCUCGUUCUCGUUAUAAGGCUUCUCGAAAGCGCCGUCGUAAAAUGUUGGCGCUACCCUCGCAAAUUGAUGAAGUGACCAUUGUUCAACAGCCUCGAGGUUCCUACGUUCUGGAAGUGUUCAAUGGAUUCAUUCAGGUCGGAGAGACUUUCGAAUUCACGUCAAGGAGGGUUGAGGGCUUCCCUUUCAGUUUGACCAUCUACGUCAACCGCCAAUGCCAUGUCCGACUCUCCGUGUGCUGUGAAGCCAAACGAGCUCCAGGAACCCGCUUGGGAAGGGGGAGCUUUCAAUUGGUCGAAAUGGAGGAGCCUGUUCCAUGCUUAAGGUGUUUAGUGGAAAGUGACCCUGUCGCUCGAAAGCUUUCCGCUCGAAUUAGCCAACGUAGAGGUGUUUAUGACCGCUUUGGUAACAGGAGACCACCGUCUGCGAUAUCUGACCAACCAAGUGCCGUGGUGAAGAAAUCCCGUUCCAGGAAGACCCGAACCUUAACCUCUGAAGGGUCGGAAUCAGACGACGAUCUAAGCCCAUUGGUGCGGCACAGUAAAUAUCGAACCCCAAUGAGGAGAAAACGGAAUCAAUUAACACCAAAGUCUCGUACCGACAACACAAACCAUAACAACGCAAAGUUUCACCGGAAAUCACGUCCAAAGUCGGCCCCCAAGCACAAUGGUCGGCAGGAUGAUACCGGUUCGCCUGUCCCAGAGUUGGAUGACUACUCUUCUGUUGCCGACGAAUCGAGUGAGGAAGACAUUGAACUCUCACAAAGGUCCAAUCAGAAUGACGAACGAUCAGAUUCCGAAUCUGAUUCCGAGUCUAGUCCUGGUUCAAAAUCGGAAGAGGCUUUGGAAGAUGACAACAAGGACGAAAGUGAUCAAGAGGAAAAAUCAAAAUAUCAAGAAACCAAGAAUAAACAGGGCAAGAACAAGAUCAUGAAAAAUAAAGUAAGAUAGUAGACGAAUAUCAACUUGUCCUAUGCCAAACAGUAUCGCUUCCGAGGGAAGCCUUUGUAAAAUAUCACAACUCGUACCACGUGGAAACAAAACAGACCAACAUAGCACUCAAUAAACUCAUAAAGGACCUGAUCAUAUAAAAGUAUGUCUGCUAAUUCUUCUUUUUCACUUUAAAAUAAACCCAUUCCACUUAUUGCC